GAAAGCGGCGAGGCCAAUAUGGCUUCCUGCGCCUGGUGACGGUUGAGAAAACAGUUAAGUCUCAUGGAGAAGCCCCGGGGCAUCGAGGAGCUUCCUUCUUCAGAACCAAUGGAGGAAGAAGAGGAAGAUGAUGACCUGGAGCUUUUCGGUGGCUAUGACAGUUUCCGGAGUUAUAACAGCAGUGCGGGCAGUGAGAGCAGCUCCUAUCUAGAGGAGUCAAGUGAAGCAGAAAAUGAAGAGAGGGAAGCGGGGGAGCUGCCCACCUCCCCCCUACAUUUGCUCAACCCCGGGACUCCUCGCUCCUUGGAUGGCAGUGGGUCUGAGCCAGCUGUCUGUGAGAUGUGUGGUAUCGUGGGUACAAGGGAAGCCUUCUUCUCCAAGACCAAGAGAUUCUGCAGCGUCUCCUGUUCCAGGAGCUACUCCUCCAACUCCAAGAAAGCCAGUAUCUUGGCUAGAUUACAGGGAAAACCACCUACCAAGAAAGCCAAAGUCCUGCACAAAGCAGCCUGGUCUGCCAAAAUUGGGGCCUUUCUCCACUCGCAAGGAACCGGACAGCUAGCAGAUGGGACACCAACAGGGCAAGACGCGCUGGUCUUGGGUUUCGACUGGGGGAAGUUCCUGAAGGAUCACAGUUACAAGGCUGCUCCUGUCAGCUGUUUUAAACACGUCCCGCUCUAUGACCAGUGGGAAGAUGUAAUGAAGGGGAUGAAGGUGGAGGUGCUCAACAGUGACGCCGUGCUCCCCAGCCGGGUGUACUGGAUCGCCUCUGUCAUCCAGGCUGCAGGGUACCGAGUGCUGCUUCGGUAUGAGGGCUUUGAAAAUGAUGCCAGCCAUGACUUCUGGUGCAACCUGGGAACUGUGGAUGUCCACCCCAUUGGCUGGUGUGCCAUCAACAGCAAGAUCCUGGUGCCCCCCCGGACCAUCCAUGCCAAAUUCACCGACUGGAAGGGCUACCUCAUGAAGCGGUUGGUGGGCUCCAGGACGCUUCCCGUGGAUUUUCAUAUCAAGAUGGUGGAGAGCAUGAAGUACCCCUUUCGGCAGGGCAUGCGGCUGGAGGUGGUGGACAAGUCCCAGGUGUCACGGACCCGCAUGGCCGUGGUGGACACUGUAAUUGGGGGUCGCCUACGGCUCCUCUACGAGGAUGGUGACAGUGACGACGACUUCUGGUGCCACAUGUGGAGCCCCCUGAUCCAUCCAGUGGGUUGGUCACGGCGUGUCGGCCAUGGCAUCAAGCUGUCAGAGAGGCGCAGCGACAUGGCCCACCAUCCCACCUUUCGGAAAAUCUACUGUGAUGCUGUUCCUUACCUGUUCAAAAAGGUUCGAGCUGUCUACACAGAAGGUGGUUGGUUUGAGGAGGGGAUGAAGCUGGAGGCCAUUGACCCCCUGAAUCUGGGCAACAUCUGCGUGGCAACUAUCUGCAAGGUUCUCCUGGACGGCUACCUGAUGCUCUGUGUGGACGGAGGGCCCUCCACCGAUGGCUCCGACUGGUUCUGUUACCAUGCCUCCUCCCACGCCAUCUUCCCAGCCACCUUUUGCCAAAAGAAUGACAUUGAGCUCACACCCCCAAAAGGGUACGAGACACACACUUUCAACUGGGACACCUACUUGGAGAAGACCAAGUCGAAAGCAGCUCCAUCGAGACUCUUUAACAUGGACUGCCCCAACCAUGGCUUCAAGGUGGGCAUGAAGCUGGAGGCCGUGGACCUGAUGGAGCCCCGGCUCAUCUGCGUGGCCACGGUGAAGAGGGUGGUGCAUAGGCUCCUCAGCAUCCACUUCGAUGGCUGGGACAGCGAGUAUGACCAGUGGGUGGACUGUGAGUCCCCAGACAUCUACCCAGUGGGUUGGUGCGAGCUCACCGGCUACCAGCUCCAGCCACCUGUGGCCACAGAGCCAACCACACCUCUGAAGACCAAAGAGGCCACGAGGAAGAAAAAGAAGCAGUUUGGGAAGAAAAGGAAAAGAAUUCCUCCGACCAGGACCCGGCCCCUGAGGCAGGGGUCCAAGAAGCCCCCGCUGGGUGAGGACCCGCAGGCCGCAGAGAUCUCUUCGGGGCCUGGUCCAGAUGAAAUCAUUGCUGUGCGCGUGAAGGAAGAGCAUGUGGAUGUGGCCUCGCCUGACAAGGCCCCAAGUCUAGAGCUGCCUGUUUCUCUGGAGAACAUCAAACAGGAGACAGACGACUGAGCCGUCCCUGCCGCCAACCUGGCCACCUGGAAGCCAGAUCAGGGCUCCUCUAUUGGCACACCCUUCCACCCUUUUCUAGUUUGGAGACUGAGCCUUUUUGCAUAAAUUCAGCCUGGUGCUGAGGAACUGGCACUGAAGGACAAGCCAGGGUCUCCUUUGACCCACCCUGUGACCCCUGCCCUCUUUGGCAAGGUCUAGUGACUGAUGAGUGGCUCCCUCUCCAGCUGGAGUUUCCGAAGCUUCCAGUGGCCUCCCUCCACACCCAGAAUGCCCCUCAGCUGCCGGGGUGGAAGGCUGUCGUCCAACACACUGCAAGACAAGACAGUGAAGUGUGCGUGUGUGUGUGUGUGUGCAUGCGCAUGCCCAGGCAGGUCACAUAAAUAAAGGCUGCAGCAGCUCUUGAGGGGGACACAGUCACCUGAUGGUGAGUGGUGUGAUGGGUCCAAAAAUUUAACCAAGUGGCCUAUCUUGCCUCCUGGGUUGGUGCUCUGCUCCUAGCAGCCUAGGGGGGUUUGGGAACCCCAUGCAGACACCCAUCUCUGGCAGGCAGCUGACAAGCAGUGAUCAGGAUGUGGGCUUCAGUGGCUUGUGAGGUGGCCUUGACCUGUUUUCUCUGUUGGCAUGAGCACUGACUCCCAUUUCUGAAAGGAACAGUGGGACAGAGGUGGGGUCUGCUAGCUGUGUUGGGGGACUUGCAGGGGCCUAGCGAGGGGAAGACUAUACCAGCCCGUGCCCCUUGGGGACGGUGAUGGUGGGUGGGGCUGGGGAGCAGCAGGGGUAGCAGGUCUGGGAGGUGAGGUCGGCCAGUGUGAUGGAGGCACCACCUGAGAGGGAGACUCUCUCAGUGUUGAGUUUAACCUGCUCCAGAGGCCAGCUUGGCUGGGGCCCAUCCUUUUCACUGUCCUGUUAUCCAGGGUCAGGUACAGCCCUGCCAGAGUCAAGGCCACAACAAGGGAGUGGCCAGCCCUGCUGGCUGAGGUGGCCCUGGAGGGCCUCCUGGACCACGGAGAAGAGGGGUAGCAGGAUGCACUUCCUAACUCCCUCUCCUUCACGGUCCAAGCCCUUAACUCCAUAACUUAGAUUUCCCUGCUCCUCUGAAAUUACAUCCUAGUUCUCUUUGUGUUUGCCCAACUUACAGCUUUUGUUUUCCCAGUGAGUCUCCUUUGAAACUCUUUUCUGAUCAAUCCUGUCUCUUCAUUAACUCCCCUUUCUGGAACCUAAGGCGCAAGCUGCAGUCCUUGGCCCUUUUCUGGCCUCAGAUGUGGGUAGAGAACCGCACUACCAGGGGUUGGCCUCUAAGGCUGCAACUGUGCUGGCCUGGAGUCCAGCUGCCUUCUGAGCUGGUCAGUCAGGCUGCCCUGGCCUGUGCUUGCCACGGGGGGUGUCAUCAGCUUGUUCAGGACCUGGGCUCUUUGGUGUCAUCCCAGAGCUUGGGUGACCAGCCAAAGGGGAGCCUGUUUUCCGUCAGUUGGGAGAGAACUUGGUCUGGUCCCCUUUGCUCAAGACACUAGGCAGCUCCACAUGGUGCAGAAAUGAGGCCCAGAAAGCAGCCUUUUGGUGCAGCCUGAGUUCUCCAAAAAGGGACUAAAUUUGGAACACAGUAAAGACCAAAAAGAGGGACAGGUCUCUCUUUCUCUUUCUCUCUCUCUCUCACUCUCUCUCUCACUCUCACUCUCACUCACACACACACACCAGACUUGGGUGGUGGCAGGCCAGUGGCAUCAGCCCCCAGGGAGGAAGAUGGCCUAGGUGGGCCUUCCUAGUAAAAAUGACUCCCUUGCAACUAAAGGACCCAGUUCAGCCUGAAGAACUUCUGGGAAAACUGGGCUUGUAGAGCAUGUUAGCCUUUGGUUCCUCUUGAAUGAAAGAGGUGCCCACAGGUGCCAUGAGCACAAAGGCCCCGAGGUUCCGAUGGCAGAGUCGGAGGACCAGGUUAGCUGCCACUUGAGCCCUGGAUCGGCCUCCCCAGACAGACAGUUAAAUCCCUCCUGCACUGAAGCCCGGUUUGUCAGAUUUCCGUCCCUUGCGGCAGCUGGGUUCUGAUUUGCCACCUCACAGUAACAGUUACGAAGUGAAUUCACGGGGCAGAGAGAAAUGUCACCUGUCUCCAUAGCAACCACACCUAGUCUCUUUAUUUCUGCCGGACCCUGAGCUCCCCAAAGGCUUAGCCUGUGCCUUGUUGUCCUUCGUGCCCUCUGAUGGGCCUGGCACAAUGAGUGUAUGACAUGGAAGUGUAUAUAACUGUUGUGUUACUGGGGCCUAAAGGUCAAUUUGAUGUGUCGCAGAUGCAGGUGUUGACCUCUGGGACCGUCCCACUCAAUGCACAAAAAACCUGUGCCUCAGCUCUCCUGGAAGCCUCAGCAGUGGGCUGCUGGCCAGGAAGCUGCCUGAAGAGCCCUUCCCACUCCCUGCUCUGCUGCUGGACCUGCAGGGCUCCCAGGGCAGAUAGACCAAAUCCAAGUGCACCCCACACCUUUCCUGUCACCCAGGCCAGCCCCUUGGCCCUGCUCCAGGGACAGGAAAACAGUCUCACAUGCUGAGCCCUGGUUACACACAUUUAUACAGCUAAUUGCAUCAGCACAGUAGGCCUGGGAGGUACAGGACUUCAUUUUACAGAUGAAAAGACUCGUUAAGGUCUAGUAACUUGGUUGCUUAAAUUGACUACUUAAAUGAUGGCAGUGAGAUUAAACCCUGGUUGAUCGGCUGUGUUACUGCUGCUACUCUGGUUCAUUCACUCACUUGACAUUAAGCAUCUUCCGUGUGCCGGAUACCAAGCUAGAGGUCCGGCCUCGUGCCUUCAGCAAGGUCAGCACCCCACCCAGAACCUCCUGCCACAGCUCAGGACCCUUAUCCUUCAAUUCCUUUGUGUUCCUGAGAGAAAACUGCCACUUUCAACAAAAUAAAAAUGCAGAACCUAGAACUCCA